AACCGCAGGCACAUCAUGAUCAUGCAGCAGGUCAGCAGCAGCAGCUUGUUUGGGUCGGGCCAGCGGCAGCUGGUGGCGGCGCCGCGCUCUCUUCGCCGCAGCAGCAGGAUGGGCAGCGCUCCCCGCUGCCAGGCGCCGCAGCCGACGCCCCGCCGCCUGCCGCUGCCGCCUGCCGCCGCCAUGGUGGAGGCGCCCCUCGCCCCGCCAGAGACCAAGCAGAACGACAGCGAGCAGGCCCUGGUGCGCUUUGGAUUUCCCAAAGGGUCGCUGCAGAAGAGCACUGAAGACCUGUUUGCGCGGGCGGGUUUCAAGGUGAAGAUCAGCGAGCGCGGCUACUUUCCAAAGUGCGACGACCCGCAGCUGCAGAUGGUGCUCUUCCGCUCCCAGGAGAUCAGCCGGUAUGUCGAGGAUGGCGUGCUGGAUGCCGGCAUUUGCGGCUAUGACUGGAUCGUUGAGAAUGGGGCUGAUGUGGUGGAGGUGUGCGAGCUGCCGUACAGCAAGGCCACCAGCAAGCCGGCGUGCUGGGUGCUGGCGGUGCCCGAGAGCAGCCCCGUGCAGCAGCCCGAGGACCUGGCAGGCACCAUUGUGGCUUCCGAGCUGGUCAACACCACACGCAGGUUCUUCGACGAGCGUGGUAUCGCGGUGAAGAAAGUGGAGUACAGCUGGGGGGCAACCGAGGUCAAGGCAUCUUUGCCUGGCGUGGGCGGCAUCGUUGACAUCACCGAGACUGGGUCCUCCCUCAAGGCCAACAACCUCCGGGUUGUGUCUACCAUCCUGGCCUCCGCCACGCGCCUGGUGGCCAACAAGGCAGCCUGGGCCGACCCCGCCAAGCGCACCAAGAUCGAGGAUGUGGCGCUGCUGCUGCAGGGCGCGAUUGUGGGCAAGGAGAAGGUGGGGCUGAAGAUGAACCUGCAUCGCGACCAGCUGGAGGAGGUCAGCAAGCUGCUGCCCUCGGAGCGGUCUCCUACCAUCAGCCAGCUGGUGGACAGCGGGUUUGUGGCGGUGGAAGUAAUAGUGGACAAGAGCCAGGCGCGAGACCUCAUCCCCACCUGCAAGCGCUUGGGAGCCACCGGAAUCGUCGUAUACAAUGUUGACGUGAUCAUCCACUGACGGCCGAAGGAGAGGAGGGCAAGAGGCUUAUUAGAGAAACGAGACGAACCCAGCUGUCAUUCAGCAUUGGCCUGCAGCUUGACACGCACCAGUUUUCCGACAAAACUUUGUGCCCGCGAUUGCAGCACUUGCACAUUUGUCCAAGCUUGUCAUUUUUGUUCCCAUCCUUCCAUUGGGCCAGCUUUUCCCACUGGCCGAGUUUUCCCAUUGCCUGCAUCUGCAUUUCUGCAAGCGUGCAGUUCUUGCAAAGAACCAUGAUGUCUUUGUUACAUGCGAUGAGUGG